AUGUAUAUUGGAUUGAAUCUGUUGAAUCUUAGUUUAGAUACUUUAGAUCCAUUCAAAUUUCAAUUGAUCACGCAUAGAAAAGGCCUUGAAAGAGUUUCGGAAACAAUUGAUCAAGCUAUUGAAUUGGGCCUUAAACCUUUAAAAAUCAAUUCGGUGGUUAUAAGAGGAAUGAAUGAAAAUGAAGUAUUAGAUUUUAUAGAGUUGACACAAAACAAGCCUAUUUAUGUAUAUUGUAUACCUGGAUUUACUGGAAAAUUUGGAUUUAUUACUUCCAUGUCAGAUCAUUUUUGUGGAACAUGCAAUCGAUUAAGAAUUACUGCAGAUGGCAACUUGAAGCUAUUGGAAAUUGUUAAAGUGGCUGUUAAAAAUAAGAAAAAACAGCAUUCUGACACAUUUGAACUGGCUAGAACAAAAAACAGGCCAAUGAUUCUAAUUGAUGCUGGUAAUGAUAAUGAACAAGAUCCCUCCAAACUUGAUAAAGAUUAUAAUGAUUCCGAUGUAAAAGCAUUAUUUAAUGAUGAUGAAUGGAGAGAGAUAGGAAUACCAACAAUUCCUGAUGAAAUUGCUAAGGAACUGUCAAAAUAUGCAAAGAACUCACUAAAAGAACUACAUGAUAUAGUUAUGAAUUCUUAUCUUGAAUGUGGUAUUAAUUAUGAUGUAAAAAAACAUUAUGAUCUUGAAUGGAUACAAAUAACAAUUAGAACACUGGUAAAUUUGUAUGAAAACAUAAAUUCUCCUUUAAUCAAAGAUCAAUAUGAAAUUUUGUUUGUUGUUCUCUAUAGAACUGAUAUACCAUCAUUAGCUAGUGUCAACAGGAAAAAUCAUGGAUGGGUCAAAAAAUCAAAGGAAGUUCAUUGGUUGAAAGAUAGAUGGAGAGUUUCAGAUAAUAAAUAUUUACUCGAAUACUUUACAAUGCCUAAAACAUUGCAUGAUAUGUUAUCAGAUUUGAUUAAGGCUGUGAAUUCUGAUGAAAAAAAAGCCAAUAAACUUCAAGUAUUCGGGAUAUUGCAUUUUGGAUUAAGGGUUCAAUUUGUAAGGAUGUGGUGUGUUGGUGGAUCAAUCACUGUUUUCAAAAAAGAUCCACAAAUUAGAGUUUGUGCAAUAUACCAACAUAAGAUGCUUGUGAAAAAUAAUUUACACAUCCUGGGUAGAGGAAAUGAUGAGUUAAAUGAACAUAAAGUAUUUGAAGAAAUAUUGGAUAUGAACGAACAGAUUGCUCCCUCACAACCAAACAAAUAUUUUGCUGAAUGUAUGAGAAGUCCUUAA